AUGGCGGGGGUUGGCGCCGGGACGGGGGCGUUGAGCUCCCUCCUCGGCAAGCUCACCACAUUGCUCAGCGACGAGUACACGCUGCUCAAGGGCGUACGCAAGGACAUCGCGUUCCUCGAGCGCGAGCUCCGCCGGAUGCAGAUCUUGGUGAACAUCCUGGCGGACAUGGAGAAGCUCGACAAGCUGGCCAAGGACUGGAAGGGCACCAUGCGGGACCUCAGCUACGACAUGGAAGACUGUAUCGACCGCUUCAUGGUCCGUCUCGGCAAGGGAGACGCCAAGCGUGGGUUCAUGAAGAGGACCGUGCGCCGGCUCAACACUAUUUUUGCUCGCCAUGGCAUCGGGACCCAGAUCAAGGAGCUCAAGGCCCGUGUUGUGGAGGAGAGCGAGCGGCGGCAGAGGUUAAAUCUCGACAACUUUGUUACAAGUACACCGAGGACCGUGGAGAUAGAUCCCCGGCUAGCCGCGUUCUAUGAGGAGGCCGAGGGGUUGGUGGCGAUGGAUGUCCCCAUGAACAAGGUUAUGGCCUGGUUGAUGGAGGAUAGCCUGGAGCGGAAGGUGGUGGCCAUUUUUGGAGGUGGGGGGUUGGGGAAGACGACCCUUGCCAUGGAGCUAAAUCGCAAGAUCAAAGGGUACUUUGAGUGCCGAGCUUCUGUGUCAGUGUCGCGCACCCUUGAUCUGGAGAAGCUCUUGAAAGAUGUCCUAUUUCAAAUCGACCCAGAUGCAUUUAGAGAAUGCAAGAAAUAUGCUUGGGACAAAGAGCAACUUAUCCCUGAAAUUGCACGGAUAUUGACAAGAAAGAGGUACUUCAUUAUUAUUGAUGAUGUUUGGAAAGAGGAAGACUGGAAAAUUAUCAAAGCAGCUUUUCCUAACAAUUGUAAUGGUAGCAGAAUAAUUGCUACCACACGCAUCACCAAUGUAGCUAGGUCAUGUUGUUCCAACUCUGGUGAUCAGCUUUAUCAAAUGCCAGUUCUGAAUGAUGUUGAUUCUAGGAGAUUAUUCUUAAAGAGAAUUUUCCAACACAACAACCCCUGCCCUCCCAAGCUAAAAACAGUUUCAGACAAGAUUUUGAAAAAAUGUGGUGGUCUGCCAUUGGCUAUCAUCACAAUUGCGAGUUUGCUAGCCAAUAAACCUCAUAAUGCAGAUGAAUGGGAGAAACUGGAAGAUUCCAUUGGUAAUGGUCUUUCAUAUGAGAAUGAUGGUGGUGGAACAGGGAUGAACGAUAUAUUGCUACUUAGUUAUUGGGACCUUCCACACCACCUGAAGACUUGUUUAUUAUACUUGUGCAUAUAUCCAGAAGACCAGCGUAUCAAUUGUGCAGAUUUGAAAUGGAAAUGGAUUGCGGAAGGAUUUAUUGCUGCACCAUGGGGAAACCUGUGUCAAGAAGCAGAGAAUUAUUUCAAUGAACUUGUCAAUAGAAAUAUGAUCCAGCCGGUUGAUGUUGGCCGUGAUGGCCUUGUACACUAUUGCCAGGUUCAUGAUAUGGUCCUUGACCUCAUAAUAUCUCUGUCGGAAGAAGAAAACUUUGCCACUGUUUUGAACAGACGUGUCUGCAAUUCUUUGCCAAGCAAGAUUCGUCGGCUGUCCAUGCAAUCUACUGGGAAAGGAAACAAAGGGGCAAUCCAUGCAGUCACAACAAGCAAGUUGCAUGUUCGCUCACUAAAUGUGUUUGGAGAAACGGAGCCGGUACCCCCACUUGUGGACUUCCAUUCCUUGCGAGUGUUGGAUUUUGAUAGCUGCAAUUGGCUGGAAAAGGAGCACAUAAAAAAUAUUGGAAGUUGUUCCCAGCUUAGGUAUUUGCGAAUUAGCGGCACACAAAUCACUGAGCUUCCUGGAGAAAUAGGGAAGCUGCAGUUCUUAGAAACUCUGGAUCUGCAGGGCUGUGGUGACCUUAUAACACUGCCAUCAACGAUGGUUCAGCUACAGAAACUGGCGCGCCUACUUAUUCACCACCACAUUUGGUUGCCUGCCGGUGUGAUUGGGAGCCUGCACGCCUUGGAGGAAAUAUCACAUAUCUAUCGAGUUGACAACCCAGUGAAAUUUGCGGAGGAGCUCAGGCACCUAACAAAACUGAGAAAGCUCUCUAUGAAUUGUUAUCCAGAUAUUUGCAGUGAUUAUCUAGAAAGAUAUUUGGAAGUUUUGCAAUCAUCUCUAAGUGAGUUGUGCAAAUUCAACCUUCGAUAUCUUCAUACCAGUGAGGAAAUAGGAGAUUAUCUGCCGGGGGGUUGA